UGCAUAUCUUUUCUCGUGUGAAUAGGAGCGUGCAGCUGCAGUUGUUGCAACCAACAGAAAAUGAGUUAUUGCGCCGGAUGAAAAUAACGACUUUGAUUCGUAUUGCUGCUUGAUAAAGUUCCAGUUUGUUAUGAUAUGCUCCAUCUCUUGCUGAAAUCUCAUCACCAAAAUGGGUGAUCCUAAUCAGUUUGGAUCACCUUUUACUGCUCAACCAUUUUUUACUGAUUCUCAAAACACAGCAGCGAGUCAGGGACAAGCUCAAGCGACUUCGAGCAUUUUCCCAUCUGCCGGUGCUAACUCUGGAUUUUCUGGAUUUAACAACAGUGCUGAAGCUAGUGGUGCAAUACGGCAAGACCUUGCACUCCCUCAAGCUCCAUCAAAUGUGUUCUCUAAUCCAGUACCCAAGAGCUUAUUUGGUAUAUCGUCUUCAAACAAUGAGCCCACUCCAUCGAUUUUUGGGGGUUCAUCCUUUUCUAAACCAAGUGAAAGUGUGUUUGCUCCAUCUGCAAGGCAAAGUAUAUUUGGAGGAAAUGCCAGUGCCAAUGCUCAAUCUUUGAAUGCUCAAAAGAUUGAGAGUGGUGGCACUACCAGCUUCUUUGGAAGGACUCAAACAAAUUCCGGUGUUCCUCCACCCAAGGCACCAGAGGUGGUGUCAUCAGCAGCUGGGAGCAUAUUUGGUGGUUCAUUUUCAUCCCUUCAGGCCACCAGCUUUCAACAGAACCCUAUCAGUAGUUUGUCUUCUCAAACUGUGGAAUCAACAAGCACUCCGAAGCAGAGUAUAUUUGGUGGAGCGUAUUCUAGAAGAGAAGAACCAUCAGCAAAAUCAGGAUUUCCUCUGGGUACUGAAAAGGAUCAUAAAGCAAACGAUAACCUUUUCUCUUCCGGGGCACCCAAAGUUUCUUUUGAUAAUAUUGCUUCAAGUGCAUCAUCAGAAAAAGCCCAUUUAUUUUCGUCUUCAAAAUCUGCUUUUGGUAGAUUUACCAAUACUGGCAUUGUAACUUCAACUUUAUCCCACCGUUCACAAUCUGGCAAUCCGUUUUCAGUGAAUGACACUGAUGAAGGGAAAGAUGAAGAAACAUGUACAGACAACUUAGCCCCAGAUCAGGCAUCAGGAUGGGUACCAGACAGUUUGGAAGGAUCAGAUCAAGACCGUUUCAGUGAAAAGUCCAAAAACACCUCUCGAGAGAGCAGGUUGGUCAGAGUCAAGCGUGGAGUUUUUGGAAAAGCACUGGCAGAUGUAGCAAAGUCAUCCAGUCAAAAUGAGGAAAUGAGAUCAAUUAUUUGCCACCCUGCGGAUGGAGAACUGCCUGAUAGUUCAGUUUUGAAGGAUCACUUUCAGCAGUAUGGGACACCUCGUGUUUCUGUGAACAAGGAGAAGCGUUUUGUUGUGGCAACAUUUAAAUCCCACGAAGAAGCAGAGAAGGCAAAGAACGGACCUCAAGUAAUUGAUGGAGUUCAGUACAAAUUCUUCUGGAGAAACAUGCCGAAGCCAAGACGAAAAUCUGCAGACAACGAAGAAAAACAGAAACCAGUAGAGGAAAGGAAAAGGAUUGCAAGGAGGUCGGAUAUGGAUAUUGAUGAUGACGUCAGAGAAGAAUUGGCUGCCAUAUCAGGAAUCGACUAUCUUAUGCCGCAUGAAGCCUCUUCCAAACGCAAAGCCGUUUCAGGCCGUGAGGCUCGCAAAAAAUCCCGUUCUCUUGUCAAGUCAGAGGGAGUUGAUUCAGAAGGACGAGAAGUGCAAGAUGAACCUGCCAAACGCCUUACCUCUAGAACUGAGGGGAGUAGGGAUAUAAGAUCCAGGACAGCUAAGAUUUCAAAGGAGACAAGAACUGAGGAGAAAUCAACCCUUCAAAGUAGAAUUGGUAGUUCCGAUAGAUUAUUUGCCAAAAAAUCAAAGGAUGAUUCUGCUGAAAUUAAACAAGAAAAAUUGGAGCACAAUAAUCAGGUGAAUUCUGCAAUCACAUCAGCAAUCACUUCUGAAUUGAUGGCAUCACUUAAACAGCAAGCUACCUCUUCUGAGGAAAAGUUAAGGUUGUUAGAUAUUCGAGACAAACUGAUACGACAUUUGCAACCAAAGCAAUAUGACAUUUCUAAGGCUGUGAAAACUGUUGGGACGUGUCCUGAUAUGUGUCCAGAGAAAGAGCGCUUGUUGAGAGAAACCAGACGCCAAAUAUCUCAAUAUGAAAUGAGCUCUUCAAAGACUUCUGAAAUGGACCCAAAUCUUAUGGUGAAGCAAUAUUCAAGAAGCUCUGCUGAUCAAGAGGAACCCCUUCCUCAUGACCUGCGGCCACCUGCAGUCCUUACUAUGACCAUGAACUAUUUGAUGCACACCAUAAUGAAUCAAGGUGAUGACCCUGGUGAAAACUUGGGAGAGUGGUAUCACUUCUUGUGGGAUAGACUGCGAGGCAUUCGAAAGGAAAUAACGCAGCAAGAAUUAUGUGAUGUUGAUGCUGUUAGUCUUGUAGAGCAGUGUGCUAGGUUCCAUAUUCACUGUGGUGCACGUCUUGUAGCCGAAGAUAUGUCUGUUUUUGAUGAUCGCAUAAACACUGAAAAUCUUACCAAGUGCCUUCAAACCCUAAAGCAUAUGUACUGUGACUUAUGGAUGAAUAACAGUAUUACUUGUCCAAAUGAACCUGAAUUCAUAUCAUACUUUCUUCUUCUCAAUUUGAAUAAUGGGACAAUUAUGUGGGAGAUGGAGCAGCUCCGUGAAGAAGUCCUUAAAAGUCCAGAAAUAGGAUUUGUGGCAUCGAUGUACAACAGUCUAUCAUCCAAUAAUUUUAUUAGGUUUUUUCGAUCUGUAAGGAAAGCAUCUUAUCUAAAUAGCUGCUUAUGUAUCCGAUAUUUCCAUCAAGUAAGAGCCAAAGCUCUCAAAACGUACAUCAAAGCCCUUGCUAAAAUUCGGCCAGUUCAAUAUCCAUUAGGUUCUCUUGUAGAAGAAUUGGGAUUUGAAAAUGCAGACCAUGCUGCUACAUUUUGUGGCCAUUAUGGUCUACAAGUUGACAAUGCUUCUGCUGAUACUGCCUGUGUUGUAUUGACCCAUGAAACGUUUGAAAACCCAACUUUUGCUCUUCCACCUGAAAGAGAAUUUAGACUUGCAGAGUCAAAAAAGAUAGGUAGUGUUGGUGAGGUGGUCUAUGGCGGAGCUCUUCCACCUCGAUUGUAUGUAAACCAUACUGUGCAUGAGAGCUUUGAUGAAAAUGGUUUCUUAUUAAGGAGUGCCUUUGAUGCAAAGGAUCAAAUACCUACUGGUAUAGAGAUCCAAGAAGAGGAAGAAAAAGAGAAUGUUUGCACGGAAGUAAUGGACAAUCGACCCACUCAAGUGGAGACUGUAAUGUCAUCUGCAAAUGACAAUUAUGAUGCUAAAUGCGAGAAAAGCGUACCCCAAACGUCUACCUCCUCUUUUGGCGGUUUUGGAAAUACAAAACUUUUGUUCCCACCAUCUUUCACCAACCCCCAACCUGCAAUCUCCAAAAGCUUUAAUGCUCCAUCUAAUCAAAUGUUCAAGGCUUCCUUUAACUUUCUUCAAGUACCCUCUGAAAGACAUGAAAAGUCAAAUAUGGGCCAAGUACCUGGAAUGCCUGAUCCUUUAAAGCAAGCAAAUAUUCAAAGGCUCGAAGAAGCUCGAGCCAAACUUGAGGCUGAAAAGAAAGCCCAAGCUGCUGAACUAGAGAAAUGCAUAAACUCAAGUUCUGAAAUUCAAAUGCAAGAUUUGCUUCAAUCUGGUAUCAAAGAGGCAGCCACUGAAAUAGCUCUUUUGGAAUGGAAAGCUGCAGAAGAGCAGCAGCAGGCAGAAGAAAAACAACGUGAACUGGAACAGCUUCGGGCUCAAGAGGAAUUGAGGAAGCGUAUCCUGGACACAACUGUGGAUAGAAUUUCAAAUGAUUCUUUAUGUGAUCUUUUCAAGGAAGUGGUAGAACAAAUGGUUGCUCAGUCUGCCCAAGAAGUGCUGAGUUCUGAAAUAGAGCUUGCAACCAACAUCAAUACUCUAUCAAAAGAAUCUCUUGAAUCUCUCAUACAUGAUGUGGCUUUGGAAUUGUGCCAUGAUUUGGCCACAGAUGAAAAACGGAGAGCAAAUGAAUGUGCAAGGCAAGAGGCUGUUAAACACCGUGUGCGGCAAGUCUUUUAUUAUUGGUUGGAAAAAGCUCGACGUUCCCUUCACAGGCGGCGUGUCAUGCAAGAUUUCCCUGCCAGUGUGAUUCCACUCAGUAUAAAGGAACAUGCCCAAAGGUGGAGCAUCUCCAAAAGUAAUGAGACUGAUGCAUGGGAAUCAUGCUCUAAGGGCAAUGAGAAAGUUCUUGAUAUUCCAGAGUUGAAAGCCAUGCCAGCCUAUCCCAAGAUUACAUUUGCAGAAUUGAUAGCAAUACAAGCAGUUCAUCGUUAUGACACAGUCCGAGUCAAGCUUGGGUUACAUCCCACUGAUAAAUUACUUUACAAGCUUUUUGUUUCUGUGCCUGAAGAGCCCAAGGAUCCAGCUGUCCAGCUAGUGGAUUGGUGGAUAAGGAGGACUCUCAAACAAAAUUGUGGAAUUGUCCAUGAUGAUGUUAAAAAGGGUGUGUACCGGAUUGUCAGUGGCGUUAAAGUGACGUCAGAAGUAGCUGUGUAUGCCAGCUUACAAUUGGUUAGAGGUAGUAGUGCACUGGAACAAACAAGUUUAGCUUCAGGUACUAGUGCUAUCCUGUUCAGCUUAUCACCCUCCAGUUGUAUUGAAGAAAGCCGGUCGCGCCUCACCUCAUUAUUGAAGUCCAUCAACAAGUUGCCCGCUGUUCCCCUUGUAAUUGCUGUUGUAAGCCCCUUGGAGCCACCUCUUGAGGGCUUGAAGCAGCUUGUUGCAAUGCUGGAGCUGGACCAGUGGUUACAUCAUGGUGCUAUUUCUGACUAUCAAAUUCUUCAUGUUGAGGAGCUUUUUGACUUAAAAUACUUGUCAGAACGCUUCAACAUGUCUUUCAACUAUAUGGUUAUGACAUGGACUCCAACUCCUGAAUUUGCCCUUGUUUGCUUGAAAAAUGUAUUAAGGAGCACAUUUCAAAUGUUUUUCAUAUCCAUUCAAUUUAACUAUAACAGUAGUGAAACAUACCCUCAAGAUAUUGAUGACCCAAGAGUUAUCAUUGGACUUUGUAAUGAAUGGUUGGAUCACAUGCGUCUUGAAUUUGUAUCAGCAUACCAUGAAGCAAAAGAUUUGUGUGGGGCAGAGUUUUGGCCUUUGCUUCACAAGGGUGCAUAUCUGCCAUUUUUGAACAAGCCCAAUUAUGAGCAGCUCCUCCAAGAGGUCAUGCGAACGGUUUCCUUGCCCCCUAUGGAAUGGCCCCCUUCUUCAGAAGAGGAAUUUCUAAGAUCUCUUACCCAAUAUUGUUCAUGGUUGAGACCUGAUGAUCGAAAGCAGACUUGCAGAAGGUUAUCAUGUUUGAAUGGUUUGGAAUGGUCGGAAAAAAUUAGACGUAUUCCAUGGGUAAACCUUGUUGAGGAUUGGAUGGAAGCCCGAAUCAAUUACAUUGAAACCUCCGUCAUUUGCGGAACUGAACUGCUUUGUCUAAUGAGGGCCCCAAAUGUGGAGCGUCUGUACACUUACCCUUGGUGGGCACAUUCUAAGCACAUAAUUUCCUACCUUGAGGCCAAUGGCUCGGGAAGGGAGUGUGAGAUGGAUGUUGACCAAACUGUCCCUUUCGAAAACACUUCUGCAGAAGAUGCCAAUUUAUCUUCAGCUGAACAGAAAGAUGAAAGCCCCCAGCUGAACCACCUGGAAGAAGUUGCAGUGUGUGUCAGUGAAUUAAAGAAAGUAAAUGAGUCGCUUGUGUCUCGUCUGCGCACUGCUUUGGUGGAUGAUUGUGGUGCUUCACCUAAACCCCAAAACAAUUAUAUGAACGUUUCUGUUAAAGAAUGUGAUUCCAAUACUCAGGAAGUUUCACCCACUCUUGAAUCUUUAGUGAAAAACAUUGACCUUCAAGUUAAGGCACAUCGUGAUUUAAGGAGCAGUAUAAAUAACAUGCUUUCCAAAGCUCUAGCUGAAGAACCGAGUGACACUAACAAUAGAAUUGCCGGGGUUUCCCAAAGUAAUAAUGAGCAUAGUUCUGUAGCACUAGUACCACCAAUCAGCAAGCCGUCUAACGAUAUGGUUGAAUCUGACCAAGGAAAAACGGAAUCCUUAAAGAAAAUGGAUGAAAUAAUGGCAUCUGCAAAUGAUAUUGUAUCAUCACUUAAUCAGAAAUAUAAAAUAUUAGAUGACAUUUCUACUACAACAAAAAUAUCAGAUCUGAAGCUAGGUUUAACAAAGGUUGAUGUCUCUGUACCUUUUCUGUCUGAUAAGCUGCAUCACAGUACCUAUGUAGAAGAGAGUCAAAAACGUAUGAUGGAAAGGUUACAUGGCUGUUCUGAAAAGGAAACCACAGAACCUCAUAAAAAAUGCCAGCCGUCAGCUGCUGACUCAGACUUGGAUAUUAUUUCUGAUGAUAGAAGUACAUCUUCUGAAGUAAGAAAUGUAUCAUCACCAUCAUAUGUUGACAGUGUAUCGGAGAAAAGUGUUAGUGAUGAAGAAAAUGAAUCGCAUAGUCCUAGUGAUGAAAGUGAUUAUGAAGUUAACAUUAGAAGCAAAAAGCGAUUGCAUUCUAAUGACAGCGAUGAAGACAGUAUCUCAGGUAGCAGAAUACGCCGUCACCAUAAUGAGAGUGAAGAUGAUGACUAUUCUGAAGACAAGAACUGGCAUCGCCGUAGGCAUAAUAAGGAUCAGGAUUAUUCUAGUCAAGAUGGAAGACGUCAGGAUGACAGUGAGGAUGAUAAUAGUGAUAGAUCUAGCCAAGGCAGUGAACAAGAACCAACUGAUGAAGAAGUUCAGACUAUAUCAUCAGACGAUUCAAGGGAACCCACAGUAAACCAUCUCAAUGUGAACCUGGCUGAAACCACUGCCAGUCAUUGUGAUGAUGAUCCUUCAUUACAUGAUGCAAUUCAACCUGUUCCAGAUUCGUAUAUGCUUGAGGCAGAAUCAAUCACUGAAAAUGAUUAUGUUGUUGAAGAUAACUCUGGGAGUCAUCUGACAAAUCUCGACAACCCACAUCAACAUUAUCAAUCAUAUUACGCUGAAGGCUCAGACAUAGGUGUAGAGGAUCCUGUAUUUACAGUUUCCACUGAAAUGGGUAUUUUAAACUCUGUGACCUCUAAUGAUGUUGUUGUAUCUAACAGUGAUCUUGUGUCCGAAGAAAACAAUGACUUACUUAUGAUUCAAUAUGAACCCAGUAGUGAUGAUGCUGUGCAGAAAGAUUAUGAAAUUGAAGCUGACCAAAGUUAUGAAAAUGAGUCCAGUGAGUUCAUUCCUGAUCACAGUGAACACACCCACCAAAAUACAUCUGAUGAAGACGAUCAUAAUGAGCACCACCGCAGAGAAAUGUCUGACGAAAUUGACAGAAACUUUGCUGAGGGCUCUGGAAGUGAAGUUGAGGAAUACGAAAAUGUGGAGGAAGAAGAGUAUGAUGGUGUGGCCGAAGUGGAAGGUGAUGAGGAGGAAGAAGAGUUGGUGGAGGAAGAAGGGGGAGAAGAAGAAGAGUUGGUGGAGGAGGAAGGGGGAGAAGAAGAAGAGGGCGAAGAAGAAGGAGGGGAAGAAGAAGGGGAAGAGGAACUGGAGACUGACCCCGAGACUGAAGCUGAGCCUGAGGAAGACAGCGAUGUAUGUGAGGUGAUUGAUGAUGAUUGACCUUGCUCUAAUUGGUUUGCACCAGUCAACUUGAAGUAUUGGAAGAGACAUUGCAUUCUUUGAGUUUGUUUUAUGUUAAUUUAAUUUGUAAGAUUUUAGAUGGGGACUUUGUGCCUUCCCUACAUAAUGUCCUCAGGAUGUAAGUCACCAGCCCUACCUCAUCAGUUUUUGCUGGUAUUUCUAAUUGAUGUGACCUUUUCAGUGUGAUGUAAAUUUGUGUUAUAAAGUAGUGUCUUCUGUUUAGUUGCUAUGUAUUUAUUAAAAUAUAAGAACUGAUUUAUUUAUCUACGAUACACUUUGUCAUUCAACAUGUGCUCUUUGCUCCUUUAUUCAAAAUGCAUAAUAAUUAUUGUAAGCAAAAUUAUUUGGUAACAAACUUAUUUUCUGUUGUUUGUUGUCUGUGAUUGUUGUUUAUUUGGCCCCCUUUUUUCUUUUUUUUUACUUUUGUAUUAGACGUCUGUCUGGCAAUUUUUUUCACUGAUUGACUCAAAGAAUUAUUCUUAUAUUCUAUGUGAAGAGAUGUUUUUAAUAAAGGUUUUAUGAAAAGUA